UGGAUUGGCUGGGAAGGGGACGGUACACUGGGAAGAUGGCGGCGGCCGCGGCUGUGCGGAGUAUCGGGAGCGGCCUGGGCCAGAGCCUCAGGGAGCUUCGGAUCCACCUGUGUCAGCGCUCGCCGGGCAGCCAGGGCACCAGAGACUUCAUUGAACAGCACUACGUGACUCUGAAGAAGGCAAACCCGGACUUCCCCAUCCUGAUUCGAGAGUGCUCUGGUGUGCAGCCUAAGCUUUGGGCUCGAUACGAGUUUGGCAGAGAGAGUUGCGUGCCACUGAAUGAUCUCAAUGUGGAUCAAGUGGCCAAGGCCCUGGAGAACGUUGUUCACAGCAAAACAUGAAGACAAAGAACUGAAGCUGCAUAUGCUGAAGCCCUUGCCUGAAUGGGUUUACUGGAGAAGCUGUAUAUCUGUAAUUGUAACUUAUUAAUCGCAUAUAAAAGCAUGUCUGACAAAGUG